AUGAGACAUUUUGAUCCAAGGAAAGAGGGGGAAAGGAAUGUGACUGAUGAGCAGAAAAAGGGAUUCUUGGAUGGGUACAAACAGAUCAGGCCCAAUGCACAAAUUUUCAAAAGUGUAGAGUCAGAAAAGCACAAUCAAAUGGACAGACCUUUAGAACUGACUAAAUUUGCAGAGAAUUUUACUGCAUCAUUAGAUGGUAGUGAGAGUGAUCAGGACAUUGUAAAUAAAUUUUUGGAAGCUAUCCCCUUAAGUGCAAUGGAGGUUUCCCAAAUUGAGCGAGAAACCAAGGGCCAAAGUGACUCAUUUUCUUGGAUCAGGCACAGAAAAGGACGGAUAACUGCAUCGAACUUUAAAGAUGUAUGCACAAAAGUUGACUCCCUUGCAAAAGCUCGAGGUUCCGUCAAACCACCAACAACUCCUCUUGUUUCAAAACUAGUUCUUGGAUCGCAGAACAUUGACCACAUCCCAUCAGUCAGGUGGGGCAAAGAAAAAGAAAACGAGGCAUAUAAUGAAUUUUAUGCGCGGGCUCUUUCACAGCACCAAAACUGCAAGUUAACAAAGAGUGGACUUUGUGUUCUUAAAGACAAACCCUACAUUGGGGCCAGUCCUGAUGGGAUUAUGACAUGUUCACGCUGUGGUACAACUGCAUUGGAAAUUAAGUGCCCAUAUUCCAUUCGGGACUUGUGUGUCAGUGAGGCCUGGGAACAAACAGAUUUCCUGGAGCAGAGGGAUGGAGUGAUUCAGCUGAAAAGAAGUCACAAGGAUUUCUUUCAAGUGACUGGUGUUAUGGCUGCAAAAUCGUUAUCAAAGUUGAACUUCGUUGUGUGGACAACAAAGGAACUACAUGUAGAACUGAUACAUUUUGAUGAUUCAUUUUGGGACAAUAUCAUUCCAAAGCUUGAUGUAUUUUUUAAGUCUUACAUGGCCAAGGUCCUAUUAGGCUUGAGGAAUAUAUAUUUUUGCCCCACAUGUGAGAAAGUCAUUUUAGAGGGAGAGGAGCUCCCAGAGAAUUCCCCUGACAAUAGCAUAUGCUGUGACCAUUGUGGAGCAUGGUUCCAUUUUGGGUGUGCACAGAUCACUCACAUCGAGGAUGAUCAAGAGUGGUUUUGCCAACUUGCCUUUUAG